AUGCAACCAAGUGGGUAUGGGAUGAAUUACGAAAAAACUCUGCAUCAUUGUGCUCCUGGGUAUCGGACGUUCUUCGAUCAUUUUAAGGAAGAUGAUUUUCUAUGGAGGCUCUAUCUUGAACUUGAAGAUGAGGAUCCAACUGAAAGCGACAUGUGGAGUUCUACAACAUUCAUAUUUUGUUUCACUUAUGUUGAAAUGCAUCAUUCAGAUAGGGUGAAACUCCAUUUCGGAAUUCAACAAGACAUUCCUGGUCCACCUACAUGCAUGGAGAGGUACCACAAUAGUACAACGAACGACCAAUGA